AUGUAUCAAGUUCCAUCCACGUCCAAUGUAGGUAGACCAGUGAAAAGUUUGGAGGAUUGUUCAGAAGUGACCAGAAGACAGAAAUUAAGAGAACAUAAUCAAAAUAUGUCUACUGAUUUGAUUAACCAAGGGCUGUGUCAACGAUACAAAUCAGAACGACAAUACGAAAAGGCAUCCAUUGUUGAAGCUGUCGACGAAGUUGGUCCAGAUCUUCUUAAUGAAAUGAAGAACACGAUUCGGACUGCAAACCACGCACCACGAAAAUUUACAGCGGAAGAAGCAUUAUCUUUGUUUUUGGAUCUAGGACUUUCCAAAGAUAAGUAUACUGUGCUUCGAAACGAGUUGAAGAAGAGGAAUCACAACGCAUUACCGAGUUAUAACGAAAUUAUUCAAGCCAGAAGCAAAUGCUUGCCCGAAAUUGACGAAGUUACUAGCGUUUCUGCUAAAGUAUCGCUUCAAAAGUUACUCGAUUCUACAGUCAAUGGAAUUAUACAAUUAAAAACUGAGAGUGAAAUUGAAGCCUUAAAUGACACCAACCUACUUUUAACGAGCAAAUGGGGAUGUGAUGGUUCAUCAGGUCAAAGCGAAUAUAAGCAAAAGUUAGGUGAUAAUGUCAAUUCAAUCGUGACGGACAGUAAUAUGUUUAUGGUAUCUAUGGUACCGAGCGUACCCUCAGGUGAACUACUUGAGGCAUUCCGCGUGCAGGUAAGAACUUUAUGA